AUGACGACGGUGCUAGUCAAUCCCCGCGAACAGCCGUCGCACCAGUUCACCUGCGACUCGCUGCAGUCGCCGACGGUCCAGCGGUAUUUCUUGGGCGACCACGGCAUCGCUCCCAAGCCCCCGAUGCAAUUCGCGUAUUCGGCCCGAGAGUGCCCCAGUCCCGUGCCUUCAUCUACGGCUUCCUCUAGUCCGCCAUCCCCCAGCUUCACCCAGUCCGCCCACGAUUCUUCCACGUACACCCCCACGACGCUAAGCAGUCUCUCGCUGGCCGACCACCACGAAGAUGAGGAGGACUUGAUCCUGCCCGCCUACGACACAGAGAUUCCUCCCCCCGUCUCCAACACGAAAGACGUGGACCGGGAUCAGGAGACAGUCAGCAACGCGUCGGUCGAUGACGCAUCUCAAACGCCCACGUGGUCAUGCCAGACCCCCGCUGCCGACGAUACCUCAGUGGAGGAGGAACCCUCACGACAUGUGGAUUAUUUGUCGCAUGAGUGGCGUGAGGAAGACAUUUGGGCCUCGUGGCGCUACGUGACCGCGCGAAAGGAAUCGUACAGUAAUGGGGUGCGGUUGGAAAAUGCUUCAUGGAGAACAUGGGCCAAGGCGAAGCAUCGUCUGGGGACCAUUUCUCCCGAGACAUUGAAUUGGCUCAAGGAUUGCGACGUGACAUGGCUCUACGGACCGUUGAAAACGUCCACCUUCCGAGACACCAUGACCCUCAACGCCUCCCCCCCACCCAGUCGAUUGGAAACACCCAGCUCAUACCUCGACCCCAAGCCCAUUCUGAAGAAGAAGACCAUGUCCGAAACGAUUCUACAACGGUCGCUCUCGCAGCACACGCUUCUGCAACACGCAGGUGCAAUUCUCAAGGCACAAGAGGCCGCACAUACUUGGACGCGACCCGCUUUUCCCAGAUCCACUACCGAUUUGGACCAUCUGGUCCACCACCCGGCAAGUUCGGCCACGUAUUCGCUGGGCGGUACCGUGACGACUACCUCGUGGUCGGGAAUCGCCUCACCGGGUGAACGACGGCACAUCCAUUUCAACAACGAAGUUGAGCAGUGUAUUGCCGUGGAAGUCAAAGAUGCCGACGAGGAAGAGAGCUGGUUCCCGGCAUUCGAUACCGAAUCAUCGUCUGAUGAUAGCGUGGUCAUGAUGCGACAGGUCCCUGGGGGCGCCUCCCCCAGCAGCUGCAGCACGCCGCGCGGCAAUUUCAGUAGCGAUAGCAAGACGAUAGCGCCUCUCCCCUCCACCACCCUCAAGUACCGUGGCGAUACCCCCGAGCCCCGCGAGUCGAUCCUCGAUCGCUGGUCAACCUCCACCGCAUCCCCCUCAUCUACGUUCUCAUCUUCCUCUUUCUUUUCCUCCUCCUCCGCCGGCCCUCCUUCUCCCGCCACUCGCUCUAUUCCCUCCUCCAAAUUAUCUCCCACCCCUUCCGUCGCCACCCUGCGACCCUCUCAGCCAUCGGCCAAUUUCUUGCUGGAUGAUGACGAUGAAGAUUCUUCUCUCGAUUUUACCGGCCAAUACCUGAACCGUGACCAGCCAUGGUUUGUGUCGGAUGACGAUGAUGACCGUGCUGGGCGUCCCCUUCAUCUGACCUCGUCGGGUAUGUUCAUGCCGGAUGGCGAGAAUGAAGGCGAAUCCACGAAUCACGGCAUUCUCGGCCGAGUUGUGGAUACGGUCAAUACCGCACGCGACAUUGCCCAUGUGAUCUGGAAUGUGGGCUGGCGUCGGUGA